AUGUCUAUCCUAGUCCCAAAAGCCAUACCAGGACUGUGGAACAAAAGAAUGUUUAUUGAGAUGUCAAGGCGAGUUAACAUCAUGUCACAUCCCUGUGAGAAAGGCUUACUCGCCGUCACACAACUUAAGAGAGGCAAUUCGUCUAGAGUGUCCGAGCUUAUCUCCCCUGGAACAACUUUAUUCCAUGAUUUGUACGAAGAUUCAUCAAGACGUAUCUCAACCUGCAGCUCCAAAGUUGAACCAAACAAGUUAGGAGCUCAAAAGGAUGCCAAAACGGCUACAUUACCGAAAAGUGCGAGGAGACUUAGAAGUGGAGGGACCGUGCCUUGGGUCCAGGACGAUAUGGAGAGUGUUGGCCAUCUCAUGUCUCCGGCGGUCACUCCUCGUACACCGCGUUCUGCUAGAACUUUGCUACCAGAGCAGAUCAACGAGCACGAAACAGUCACCAUGUCCCCGAGGAUGCACUAUCCAGAUGAUGAAGAUGACUUGGAGAAAGCCAGGGAAAGCAUCCAGAAAAAGAAGAGGGUACGAUACCUGCUUUCGCUGGUGAACUUCAACGUAGUGAACAAAGGAGUUUUGCUGCACGCUGCCAGCUCUUACGGGAACACCCUUUUACUCAAAGGAAUAAUGUCGUCUCCAAUGUGCAAACCUCAGAAACAGGACAAAUCCUCCUUUUCGCCGUUCUUGUACGCUUUGGCAAACUACAGUCCUGAAGCUUCGGAGUUCUGUCUCGGUAAUGAAAUGGGUCCUUUUGAGGCUGACCCGUUUACGGACGUCCUUUGUUUUGUCCUGUUGCGCAGAUUCAAUUUUCAGACCAACCACCAGACGUUGAGGAAACUCCUCAACCGUUUCACUAUUGCCAAAGAGACAAUCAGAGGCAUCAAAAUGAUCCUGAUCCCUAAGACAGAAAUGAUGAAAAAGUUCUGGCUGAGAGGUACUCUUCUCAACUUGAACCAGGACGUGUAUGAUGAUGAGUAUCUUGUUCGUUUGAUUCAGCUGGCUAUCAAACACGAUAAUGGUGCAGUUAGCAGUCGUCUGUUGAUGGUCAUGGCGGCAACUGGUCAGUCUAUGAUUCUUUCAGCCAUCUUAGGCGUCGUCAAGGAUCCUACUCAUCUGACAGAAAUGUUCAAGCGUAAAGUAGUGCAUAACGCCACGGUGUUGGAUUUGUUGUUUGUAUUGGCUCCUUCCCGGCUGACCAAAGAGCAGCAUCAACCGGAAUAUUUAGAGAGGAUGAAAAUCAUCAACGCUAUGUCCGAUGUGGUGAGACUGGAGAUCGCCGCCAGAACGCUCUCCGCAGCUGUCAGAAAGAACUUGCUCCCGAUGGUUGAAAUGAUCGUAAAAGACCAUACGCGAAACCACCUUCCUCUACAGCCCGCAGAAUUAUGGUACGAAGCCCUGUACAAAGCAGCAGAAAAAGGUGAGCUCGAUUUUAUCAAUACGAUCUGUGUGGCGGAGAUCAAUGCCAAACCGGAAGAAGUACAAGCAGCCAUGUUGAAAGCUCUUUGCCUCGCGUGUCUCCGUCGGCACAGGCAUAUUGCCAACAGGUUGCUACUGUUCAAGAUGCCUCUUAACGCGAGAGUGGAAGGUGUGACAGGGAAGGAAGACGAAGAGGCCCGGCUCUCACUAGACUGCGCUAUUCAAGGCGGUGAUUCCGUCAUCGCCAGUCUGAUCCUACAGACAAUGGAAGAGACGGGCAUGAUACCUCAUCCUCAAGAUAUCCUCAAGUGCAUCUUCAUGGCCUUCGAGAAAGGCAUGGAAGCGAUCGUGGAAAACCUUUUACGCUUCGCUCACGUGGUUUCCCCAACACUUGUCACUGUGCGGAUCUGCCACAUGCUCUUCCUGUCGGCUGCUACAAAAGGAAGCGGUGUCGUCUGUGUUCGAUUUCUGUCACUUCCAGACUUCAACGUGAACGCCAAAGAUGAGAACGGUUUCACUGCUCUACACUACGCCUCAAUGCAUGGCAAACACGGACUAGUGCAAGAGAUCGUUCGCCAUUGCAACACUUCCGUAGAAAUUCAAACACCCGAAGGCUGGACUCCUCUCGAUCUCGCCAGAGCUUUUGGACACCUUUCUUUGGCCACUCGGUUAGUAACGGAGUUCAAAGGGGUUCAGGGUUACGGAUUUGGCUACUUGAUGAACCAUAGUUGGUUGAGAUAUUAUUUAAAGCAAAAUGAAGAGCUUGGAGAAGAUGAAAGCGCCCCAGUCAUGACGUUCUCCGCCGGUGCAAGAAGCCGUGAUCUUGGAAUUGUGUCACUGGUGAAGCAGGGUAAUGAUCUAGCGGCAAGCUGCAUGAUCGAAGUGGCUCAAGAAUCAAUCGUGGCGUGCUUUUUGUACAUGUAUCACCACUUCCCUUUGCUCCAUUUCUGUGCGAAAUCAAAUUGUUACAGAACUCUUGAUAUCCUGAUGAAGCUCAUCGAAGCUCAACCCACUCAGAAUCUGAAAGAGUACUUGCAGAAAGAAGUAUCUGGGAAAAUUCCCCUGUGUGUCGCUGUUGAGAGUUGCAACGUGCAGUGCAUCAAACUCCUGGUCAAGGCCUUCUUCCCUAAAGACUGGCGCUACUCUCUCACCGGGGAGUCCAUGCUGCAUUUUGCCGCCAAAACAAACAAACCUGAGGUUAUAGAAAUAUUCAAAGAGUUUAUGGACAAUGAACUUCUUCAAGCUCAGGACAAAGAUGGUCUCAUCCCAGCUACAACUGCAGUUGCCCUGGGCCACCACACUACACUCCACUACUUCCUCGGCGGUCUACGCUUCGCGGAGAAGCUGCACCACGACCACAUGACCACGACCUAUUGGUGCGUCCUUUGUCUGCUAGAUUGUUGCAUUGGAUGGUCACGUGUGUUUUUACAAUCAGAUGGAAUACCAUUAACAGGGAACGGUAGAAACAUCUUCCAAAGACAUCGCACUGAAUCAGGAUUUUGUGUGUAUUCCCACAAUGGAAGCCAGGCCCUUACCAGCCACACACUUCAUACUAUUCAUUCCUGGGUUCGCCUCGGAGCCUCCAAAGAACUCCUGACUGCCGCUUUGUCCACCAUGCAAUAUUCAAUGAACGGGUUCAAAUCCGAACUUUUUCUGCAGCUAAGUCGGAAAACCAGAUAUGAAAUCUUGGACGACUUCAUACGGAAUGGGAAGGCAGAGAUAGCUUGCUAUCUCUACGAAAAGCUCUGUCCGUCUUUGGAAAUGAAGGACAAAGUCUGGCACUUCAUGAAUGCCGUUGCUUUUGGUAGAGAAGAAGUUGUGAAGAAAAUUCUUCAGCUCAGUGGUGAGGAAAUGUCCAAGAUCAAUUACGAGGGGGAUUAUUCUGCAAUUGAUGUUGCCAUAGCUUUUGGUCAUACUAAUCUGAUCAGCAUCGUGGCCGACGCCUUUGAAAAUCAAACAUCUCUGACAUCUCUGAAGUAUUUCUCAACGGAGAGAAGUAGCCUUCCCCUGAAUGUCAAGUGGUCUCUUGGACUCGCUAGCAUUGGGGACAAAGACUGGAGAGCGUCCAUAGAUUACUCAACAGAAAGGCUGUCACAUGUCGAUGUGUACCUCUCGAAAUCAGGAGCCAUCAAUUCAUUCCCGGCUGAUCUUCUUCCUCGAGACAUCAUGCCCAUGUCUUUGAGGGACAAAGCAAUUGAGGU